AGGUAUUUUAAGUAUUUACAUUUCUGGAGUCUGAGGAAUUGAAUAUCCAACUGAUAAAAGGAGACUUGCUUGUUGAAGAGACAACUAUGUAACUAUCCACCUGUAUUCCUCCUGAACUCCAGUCCAGCUCUGCUUUUACAGACAAUCUCUCUUUUUAUUUAUUUUAUUUAUUUAUAUAUUUCUUUCAGGCUUUUUUGCUUCCCCCUCUUUUAAUUACCGAAUUCUCGGGAUGCGGGUGUUCCUGUUCGCGGCGACGGUAUUUUUCGCGCACCAGCUCACCGGGUCCGGUGCAGGUACCGGUGCCGGCGCCGAGUCCCGCUCCAAAAAGUGUUCCUCCCCGUGCGACGUGAGCGCGUGUCCUAGUCCGAACUGCCCCAGCGGGUACGUCCCAGACCGGUGCAACUGUUGCCUGGUGUGUUCCCGGGGCGAGGGUGAACCCUGUGGCCGGAAGAACGACCUCCCGUGUGGUGACGGGUUGGAGUGUAGGUCCCCUAACGGUCCCGGUAAGGGCCAGUCGGGGAAGCGGAGCUCCAAGCGCCGGCUGUGUCAGUGUAAGACGAGGUUUAAGGUGUGUGGUAGCGACGGAAAGACGUACGGGAAUGUGUGUCGGAUGAAGGCUGCCAGCCGGAAAGCUCUUCAGAAGGAAAGGGAGGACAUCACCCAAGCACACAAGGGCCCCUGUCCAGCAGGUAAGCCAUUAGCCUAGCUCUCAUCCAGGGCGUUACGUGCGGCUUGAGUUGAGUUUUAUUUUAGGAGUACAAUGGCAGCUCAAAGCUGUAUCUGAAGAAGGCCCUGUCCACAUGUAAAGCCCUGGGCCAGAGCUAGCAUAUACAGUGCAUUUGAAAGUACUCAGACCCCUUGACCUUUUCCACAUUUUGUGACAUUACAGCCUUAUUCUAAAAUGGAUAAAAUUCUACACACAAUACCCCAUAACGACAAAGCAAAAACAGGUUUUUUAUACAUGUUUGCUAAUUUAUUAAAAAUAAAAAACUGAAAUAUUACAUUUACAUAAGUAUUCAGACCCUUUACUCAGCACUUUGUUGAAGCACCUUUGGCAGCGAUUACAGCCUCGAGUUUUCUUGGGUAUGACGCUACAAGCUUGGCACACCUGUAUUUGGGGAGUUUCUCCCAUUCUUCUCUGCAGGUUGUCUCAAGCUCUGUCAGGUUGGAUGGGGAGCAUCGCUGCACAGCUAUUUUCAGGUCUCUCCAGAGAUUUUUAGAUUUUAGUCCGGGCUCUGGCUGGGCCACUGAAGACAUUCAGAGACUUGUCCCGAAGCCACUUCUGCGUUGUCUUGGCUGUGUGCUUAGGGUCGUUGUCCUGUUGGAAGGUGAACCUUCGCCCCAGUCUGAGGUCCUGAGCGCUCUGGAGCAGGUUUUCAUCAAAGAUCUCUCUGUACUUUGCUCCAUUCAUCUUUCCCUUGAUCCUGACUAGUCUCCCAGUCCCUGCCACUAAAAAACAUUCCCACAGCAUGAUGCUGCCACCACCAUGCUUCACCGUAGGGAUGGUAUUGGCCAGGUGAUGAGCGGUGCCUGGUUUCCUCCAGACAUAUUUGUAAUUAUUAUGGAUCCCCAUUAGCUGCUGCCAAGGCUUCUGUGAAGAGACCUCUGGUGGCAUGUCUUGUGGGGUAUGCAUGGGUGUCCGAGCUGUGUGCCAGUAGUUCAAACAAACAGCUCGUGCAUUCAACAUGUCAAUACCUCUCACAAAUACAAGUAGUGAUGAAGUCAAUCUCUCCUCCACUUUGAGCCAGGAGAGAUUGACAUGCAUAUUAUUAAUGUUAGCUCUCUGUGUACAUCCAAGGGCCAGCCGUGCUGCCCUGUUCUGAGCCAAUUGCAAUUUUCCUAAGUCCCUCUUUGUGGCACCUGACCACACGACUGAACAGUAGUCCAGGUGCGACAAAACUAGGGCCUGUAGGACCUGCCUUUAUUAUGGACAUACUUCUCCCCAUCCUAGCUACUGUUGUAUCAAUAUGUUUUGACCAUGACAGUUUACAAUCCAGGGUUACUCCAAGCAGUUUAGUCUCCUCAACUUGCUCAAUUACCACAUUAUUCAUUACAAUAUUUAGUUGAGGUUUAGGGUUUAGUGAAUGAUUUACCCCAAAUACAAUGCUUUUAGUUUUUGAAAUAUUUAGGACUAACUUAUUCCUUGCCACCCAUUCUGAAACGAACUGCAGAUCUUUAUUAAGUGUUGCAGUCAUUUCAGUCGCUGUGGUAGCUGACAUGUAUAGUGGUGAGUCAUCCGCAUACAUAGACACACUGGCUUUACUCAAAGCCAGUGGCAUGUCGUUAGUAAAGAUUGAAAAAGUAAGGGGCCUAGACAGCUGCCCUGGGGAAUUCCUGAUUCUACCAGGAUUUUUGUUGGAGAUGGUUCCAUUAAAGAAAACCCCCUAUGUUCUGUUAGACAGGUAACUCUUUAUCCACAAUAUAGCACGGGGUGUAAAGCCAUAACACAUACGUUUUUCCAGCAGCAGACUAUGAUCGAUAAUGUCAAAAGCUGCACUGAAGUCUAACAAAACAGCCCUGACAAACUUUUUAUCAUCAAUUUUUCUCAGCCAAUCAUCAGUCAUUUGUGUAUGUGAUGUGCUUGUUGAAUGUCCUUCCCUAUAAGCGUGCUGAAAGUCUGUUGUCAAUUUGUUUACUGUAAAAUAGCAUUGUAUCUGGUCGAACACCAUUUUUUCCAAAAGUUCACAAAGGGUUGGUAACAGGCUGAUUGGUCGGCUAUUUGAGCCAGUAAAGGGGGCUUUACUAUCCCUAGGUAGGGGAAUAACUCUUCCCUCCAGGCCUGAGGGCACACACUUUCUAGUAGGCUUAAAUUGAAGAUAUGGCAAAUAGGAGUGACGCUUGGCAUUCAGGCCAAAGAGUUCAAUCUUGGUUUCAUCAGACCAGAGAAUCUUGUUUCUCAUGGUCUGAGAGUCCUUUAGGUGCCUUUUGGCAAACUCCAAGCGGGCUGUCAUGUGCCUUUUACUGAGGAGUGGCUUCCGUCUGGCCUCUCUACCAUAAAGGCCUGAUUGGUGGAGUGCUGCAGAGAUGGUUGUCCUUCUGGAAGGUUCUCCAAUCUCCACAGAGGAACUCUGGAGCUCUGUCAGAGUGACCAUCUGGUUCUUGGUCACCUCCCUGACCAAGGCCCUUCUCCCCCGAUUGCUCAGUUUGGCCGGGCGGCCAGCUCUAGGAAGAGUCUUGGUGGUUCCAAACUUCUUCCAUUUAAGAAUGAUGGAGGCCACCGUGUUCUUGGGGACCUUCAAUGCUGCAGAACGUUUUUUGGUACCCUUCCCAGAUCUGUGUCUCGACACAAUCCUGUCUCAGAGCUCUACGGACAAUUCCUUCAACCUCAUGGCUUGAUUUUUGCUCUGACAUGCACUGUCAACAGUGGAACCUUAUAUAGACAGGUGUGUGCCUUUCCAAAUCAUGUCCAAUCAAUUGAAUUUACCACAGGUUGACUCCAAUCAAGUUGUAGAAACAUCUCAAGGAUGAUCAAUGAAAACAGGAUGCACCUGAGCUCAAUUUCGAGUCUCAUGGCAAAGGGUCUGAAUACAUAUCUAAAUAAGGUAUUUCUGGGGUUUUUUAAAUACAUUUUCAAAAAUGUUUAAAAACCUGUUUUCGCUUUGUCAUUAUGAGGUAUUGUGUGUAGAUUGAUGAGGACAAAAAAUGAUUUAAUCAAUUUUAGAAGAAGGCUGUGACGUAACAAAAUGUGGAAAAAAGUCAACGGGUCUGAAUACUUUCCGAAUACACUGUAGGCUAAUUUGUCUUAUUGUUUUAAAAACCCAAUCUUCCCAUAUAGUCUAUUUCUCCAAUGGUGUCUGUCUGGCUGUUGUUGCCCAGGCUUUAUUAACCUAUCACAGGCCUACAGUCAUUAUCAGAGCUGAGUUUGAAUGUUCAACAUUGGAUUUCUGAAGUUGUAUGCUAUUUGCUUAUGAGAUUGCUUUUUCUAGAAACUUAAUUUGAGAUGACUUAUCUGAGCAUGUGGGAAUAUUGUGUUCCAUAUGUGGAAUGGAAUGUAAUAGUCCAGUUCUAAUGAGUAGGGCUAUGAAUUAUGGGUUCUAACGGUUCUGCUGUGGUUUCUGUUAGGGGAGAAAUACCAUGGCAGUGAAUCACCUUUGACUCUUUUCCUUUGAAUGCAGUUACAACAACAACAACAACAACUACAACAUUCACUCUCUCCUUUUCCUCUUCUCUCCUACCUCCUCCUCUUCUCUCCUCCUCCCUCCUCCUCUUCUCUCCUCCUCCUCCUCUUCUCUCCUCCUCCCUCCUCUCUCCUCCUCCUCCCCUCUUCCUCCUCCUCCUCCUGCUCCUCUUCUCUCCUCCUCUUCUCUCCUCCUCAGUCCUUCCCCUCAUCCUCCGUUCCGAUCCCACCAUUCUAAAUCUUAACUCUAGCAUUCAAUUUUUAAACACUCUAAUUCAAACAUUCUACAACAUACUCAAACAAUUCCAUUUCAAACAUUCUAAGUGCAAUAUUCCGCUAGUUGUGAGUGUGACUGAGUGUUGUAGAGAGUGGUGGUAGUGUUUCUGUGUUGACAUGAUGGGUUCUUGUUGCCAGUAUAGGUCCUACUCCUGUCCAUCCCAACAGCCCCAGAUACAAGUUCAACUUCAUAGCUGACGUGGUGGAAAAGAUCGCUCCUGCUGUGGUUCACAUAGAGCUCUUCCUCAGGUCACUGGCUGUGUGUCUGUGUGUGUGUGUGUGUGUGUCUGUGUGUGUGUGUGUGUGUGUGUGUGUGUGUGUGUGUGUGUGUGUGUGUCUGUCUGUGUGUCUGUGUGUCUGUGUGUGUGUGUGUGUGUGUGUCUGUGUCUGUGUCUGUGUGUCUGUGUCUGUGUGUCUGUGUGUCUGUAAGUGUGUGUGUCUGUGUGUGUGUGUGUGCGCACUCUUAGAAAAAAUUGUUCCAAAAGGGUUCUUCGGCUGUCCACAUAGGAGAACCCUUUUUGGUUCCAGGUAGAACCCUUUUUGGUUCCAGGUAGAUCUAUUUUCGGAUCCAUGUAGAGCCCUCUGUGGAACCCAAAAGGGUUCUGCCUGGAACACACACACACACGUACACACGGUUCUCCUGUGGGAACAGCCGAAUAACCAUUUUAGGUUCUAGAUAGCACCUUUUUUUCUAAGAGUGAACUGAACACACCCUGAAUGUAAAUUAUUCUUCUCUCUCUCUCUCUCUCUCUCUCUCUCUCUCUCUCUCUCUCUUUCUCUUUCUCUUUCUCUUUCUCUUUCCUUUCCUGUCUCUCUCUCUCCUCUCUCAGACAUCCUCUGUUUGGUCGUCAUAUCCCUCUGUCUAGUGGUUCUGGGUUCAUCAUCAGCCACUCCGGACUCAUCGUAACCAACGCUCACGUGGUAAGCGCUGCUGCUACGGUUACGGGCCGACCACAGCUCCGCGUGCAGCUCCAUGACGGGGGAGCAUAUGAGGCCACGGUCCGGGACGUCGACAGGAAGUCGGAUAUCGCCACCAUCAAAGUAAACUCUCAGGUAACCUUUACCCUUAAUUUAACAGGUUAGGUGGCCAGAUAGAGAGAGAGAGAGGCUGAGAUAAAGGGAGAGAGGGUGAGAGAGAGAGGUUGAGAGAGGGUGAGAGAGGGUGAGAGAGAGAGAGAGAGAGAGAGAGAGGGUGAGAGAGAGGGUGAGAGGCGGGUGAGAGGGUGAGAUAGAGGUGAGAGAGAGGGUGAGAGAGAGAGAGGGAGAGAGAGGGUGAGAGGAGAGAGAGGGAUGAGGAGAGGGAGAGGGGAGAGAUAGGGUAGGAGAGGGUGAGAAGAGAGAGUGUACGAGAUAGCGCGGGGGUAGAUAGGUUAGAGGGAGAGAGGAGGGAGAGGGGUGAGAGAGAGGGGUGGAUAGAGGGGGUUGAGGAGAGGGCGGAGUGGAGAGAGAGGUGAGCGAGCGAGGGUGGAGAAGAGGGUGGGGAGAGGUCGCGAGCGGGUGAGAUAGAGGUGAGGAGGAGAGAGGGAUAGAGAGAGAGAGGGUGAGAUAGAGGGUGAAAUAGAGGGAGAGAGGGUGAGAUAGAAAGAGCGAGAGGGUGAGAUAGAGAGAGAGAAAGAGGGAGAGAUAAGGAGGAAGGGGGAGGUGUACGAAGCCACCUUCAGAGACGUAGACGAAGAUCACCUGCAGUUUCCGCUCCACUCGCAAGACUCGGUUCAACCUGCAGUUUGGUUGCCUGCUCCAACUCAGUGUCCCAAUGACUCUAAGCCUUCACACUGCAGUUUGGUUUCCCUGCUCCAACUCAGUGUCCCCAUGACUCUAAGCCUUCACACUGCAGUUUGGUUUCCCUGCUCCAACUCAGUGUCCCAAUGACUCUAAGCCUUCACACUGCAGUUUGGUUUCCCUGCUCCAACUCAGUGUCCCAAUGACUCUAAGCCUUCACACUGCAGUUUGGUUUCCCUGCUCCAACUCAGUGUCCCAAUUACUCUAAGCCUUCACACUGCAGUUUGGAUUCCCUGCUCCAACUCAGUGUCCCAAUGACUCCAAGCCUUCACACUGCAGUUUGGAUUCCCUGCUCCAACUCAGUGUCCCAAUGACUCCAAGCCUUCACACUGCAGUUUGGAUUCCCUGCUCCAACUCAGUGUCCCAAUGACUCCAAGCCUUCACACUGCAGUUUGGAUUCCCUGCUCCAACUCAGUGUCCCAAUGACUCCAAGCCUUCACACUGCAGUUUGGUUUCCCUGCUCCAACUCAGUGUCCCCAUGACUCUAAGCCUUCACACUGCAGUUUGGUUUCCCUGCUCCAACUCAGUGUCCCCAUGACUCUAAGCCUUCACACUGCAGUUUGGUUUCCCUGCUCCAACUCAGUGUCCCAAUGACUCUAAGCCUUCACACUGCAGUUUGGUUUCCCUGCUCCAACUCAGUGUCCCCAUGACUCUAAGCCUUCACACUGCAGUUUGGUUUCCCUGCUCCAACUCAGUGUCCCAAUGACUCUAAGCCUUCACACUGCAGUUUGGUUUCCCUGCUCCAACUCAGUGUCCCAAUGACUCUAAGCCUUCACACUGCAGUUUGGUUUCCCUGCUCCAACUCAGUGUCCCAAUGACUCUAAGCCUUCACACUGCAGUUUGGAUUCCCUGCUCCAACUCAGUGUCCCAAUGACUCCAAGCCUUCACACUGCAGUUUGGAUUCCCUGCUCCAACUCAGUGUCCCAAUGACUCCAAGCCUUCACACUGCAGUUUGGAUUCCCUGCUCCAACUCAGUGUCCCAAUGACUCCAAGCCUUCACACUGCAGUUUGGAUUCCCUGCUCCAACUCAGUGUCCCAAUGACUCCAAGCCUUCACACUGCAGUUUGGUUUCCCUGCUCCAACUCAGUGUCCCCAUGACUCUAAGCCUUCACACUGCAGUUUGGUUUCCCUGCUCCAACUCAGUGUCCCAAUGACUCCAAGCCUUCACACUGCAGUUUGGUUUCCCUGCUCCAACUCAGUGUCCCCAUGACUCUAAGCCUUCACACUGCAGUUUGGUUUCCCUGCUCCAACUCAGUGUCCCAAUGACUCUAAGCCUUCACACUGCAGUUUGGUUUCCCUGCUCCAACUCAGUGUCCCAAUGACUCUAA